CAUUCCAUCGCUUGCCACGUUCUAGCAGGAGAGGCGACAGAAAACGUUCAGCGCUCGAUUCGAAUCAGUCGAGCUCUGACGCGCCUUGUGAGAGGUCGAUCAAAAUAAACGUCGUGCUUAGUGAAUUAUUUUCUAAGUCAAAAACCUUGUGGAUUUUUCUUCUUUGGAAGAAUAUAAAAGUGUUUUUUUAAAAAAAAACAGUGCAACUUGACUUUUAUUGGAUUACGUUCUUCUUCUUUUUGGGUGUUGUGAAUUUUUCCAUUUUUUUUUUGUGAUUGGAAAAUUUUUUUUUUUUUCUUAUUGAAAUGGUGACUGGAGUUGGUGCAAAUAUGCCAACCGGGGGUGUAACUGUUGGUGCAACCCCACCGACGCAACACGUGCCCCAAGAAGCGGGACAACCACCUGCACAAACCACCACUAAUUCCUCUUCGCCCACCACAACAACCACUCCAAGAAGAUCGGGCGAAAAUCGACGGAGUAACAAGCCGAUAAUGGAAAAGAGACGUCGUGCCCGCAUCAACAAUUGUCUGAAUGACUUGAAAACUCUCAUCCUCGAUGCAAUGAAGAAAGACCCAGCCAGACAUUCAAAAUUGGAAAAAGCUGACAUUCUGGAAAUGACAGUUAAACAUUUGGAGACACUCCAGAGGCAACAGGUUGCAUUGGCGGCAGCGACGGAUCCCAACGUUUUGAAUAAAUUUCGCGCUGGUUUCACGGAAUGCGCUGGUGAAGUUGGCAGAUUUCCUGGACUUGAAGCAUCAGUGAAGAGACGUUUGAUGGCCCAUUUGGCAUCAUGCCUGGGACCAGUGUCCGAUAAUAAUGGAACAGUCGUUCAAACAACCACCACAACAACAACAACAUCUCAACAACAAGUUGUUCAACCGGCGCCACCAACGGCACAACUUCAACUUCAUAUUCUCCCUCAAGUUGAUGCACCGCCACGAAUUCAGGUCCAACAGUCAAAUGGAAUUGUUUUCGCCAAUACCAAUGGUCUUCAAGUUGUACCAACACGAUUACCAAAUGGUGAUAUUGCCCUUGUUCUACCAGCCGGGGCAAAAGCAACACCCGUUACAUCGCCCGCCACCUCACCACCACCAAGUUCACCAAUAAUGCCAACAUUAAUUCCCAUUCCCCAAAGAACAGCGAGUACUGCAUCGGCGUCAUCGUCAACGUCAUCAACAAGUUCCACCUCAACGUCAGCGGCAAGUCCAGUUGCAUUUGAAGCACCACCUUCCAAUUUUAUGGCAAGGUCACCACAAUACACAAUUAGUCAUCGAGACGUUGCCACCUCACCAGCCAAUGGUUACACAAGUGAUCCCGAAUUUGAUCCUCGUGUCUACAGUCCACCACUUCAAAAACCCUUGGCUCUUGUGAUGAGAAAAAGUGUAAUGCCCGAAAUUGAAGAUAAACCCUGGAGACCGUGGUAGAUAAAAAGUGUUUUCAUUCCAUAAAAACUGUUACCAAGUCAACAAAUUAUUGUUUCUUCAUCAUAUAUUAUUUUCGGCCAGUUGCGUUUCGGAAUCAGUGCCUUGUAAAUAAUUUUUUUUUAAUUAUUGCGUUAAUCUUCAUACAAAUGAAGAUAUUGUAUAUUUUGUUUCUCAGUGAUAUUUUUUUGUCUACUUAAUUUAUAUAAAAAAAAAAAUAAAUCAUCAGAUCUUCUCUUCAAAAGCAUUUUUUUUUGUGAUUAUGCUUUUUUAAAAUAGCUUUUUCAUAUAUUGAGAGAGAGAGAUGAAUUCUGUUGGUGUCAUGUAAAUAAUUCUUAUUGUUUUUAAGUGCCUUAUGCAACAAUAAUCACCGAUGUCUUCCAUUCUGUUUUUAGAGAGAAAAAAAAGAAUAUUUUUCGUUAAAUCCAAAACGUCAAAAAUACGUUUGUAAUUUGACGAGAUUAUAAAUAUAUAUUAUAUAUACGUUUUUGUACAGAUGACUUUGAAGAUUAAUUUAAAGUCAAAAUUUAUUAUAGAGUUUUAAGUAUAUUGAUAAAAAGUAUAAAUGUGAUGUCUGAAGAAAUGGUAUGUUCUAUUUAUAUUUAUGUGAGUGCAACGAAUAAAAUUUAUUCAUCUAUUGUCAAAAAUAGAAAAAAACCACGCUUAUUAUGAGAUAGGAGAAUCAAAUAAAUAUUGAUCUCUUUAUUAAAA